CUUUUCCAAGCUAACAUAUCGCAUCCAAUUCGAGUUUUAUUUAAGUUGCUCGCCAAAGGACUGAACGUUCAUUUGACAGCAGCGAUGACUCGGUUCCCAAUUGCUACGACUGGAGGGGUAUACUCUGUUUUCUGAGGAUAAAUCUUUCGCAGCUGAAACAAUCAAAACCACUGUCUUAUUUUCACGGACAAGCGUGCGAGAACCGCUGGAUUUAUCAUGCACGCGUCUGAUUUCUUGCUCUUUUGAAGCACGCUUGUGUAAAAAUGCAGUUGGAACAAACGCGAGAAGUGAUUUCCAAUCGCACGGCUGUCAAAAUCAGUGACACGUUUUCCACUCAGUCAGUGGGUGUGAGAUCAACACGCAAAACGAGGGAGGAGGCUGGAGCAAAAUCAUGCGAACCACGCGUUGUUGAGAAUGACGGAACUAGACGAGUUUGCUCAUCCACGGAUUCAGGUCGCAGUAGCAUUAGCAGUAGCCAGACAAGCAACUGCGAGGAAACGCAAGACAAAACAUCCAAGGUAACGUUGAGUGACAUGCAUACUACGGAAUCGAUGCCAAAAACGCCCAUUCAAUCCACAAAAGGGGAAGAAAAAGAAGUUGAGAAAGAACAUUCUGAAGAUAUUGAUAUUUACGCUGACGUAACGCUUAUCUCCAAAUCAGUUGAACCAGUACGAGUAAUCUCUAAAAUUGGUAAGCAGUGUGGAAAACGAAUGCAACGGAACAAACCUGGAAAAUCAACAAAGAUCGACAAAUCUGGCAGUGCAAAGGCAAUGAAAACACAAGCUUCGACAGAAGACAAAAUCAGUUCAGUCCCGGGUAACUGCACCCACCCUCGAGAUCCUUUCACAAAUUUCCAAGAGGUUUCAUCCACGACGGAUCUUGAGACACACAAAGCACCUCAGCCCGAGUCUAUUUUUUAUGCCCGUAAUCACGUGAAAAACAGCGAUCCAGAGAAAAUCGAUUCCCAAUCGGAACGUCUCAAUGAAAUGGGAGUGAGAGGCGCAGGUGAGGGUGUGGAAGGAUACCAUCAGUCAACCUUCGCAAGCCAAUCUGAUACCACCGAAACUAACCAGGACAAGUUAUUUUUAGCUGGAACCACAGAAACGCAACACCUGAAACGUCACUCAUCUGCCUGUGAUCUCCAGGUCACCAAUAUGGACCCGGAAAACCCUACAGGAGAGUCAGUUACUAGUCUGAACACAAACUCUAAGAUGCAAUCCACCCUCACAGUCCUCAUCAAGUGCAAACCGUCUAAUUCCGACGCACAAAGUGUGUCUCUCAGCAGCCCAAACAAACCUUCUUUGGAAGACCACCCGCCCGUCAAGUGUAGCAGCAAAGAACUGUUGACAUUGGAUUUGCGCAACACGGACGCAAUAGUGACUUCUUACUCAACUUCUUCCAGUCCGGUUCCCUCAGCCCAUGCCGGUUACAAAACAAGUGUGUACAAUCGACGUCGCGGUCGCGCCCCCGGAUCACCUGUAGUUUAUCGUGGAGCCCCAAAUAUGAGAUCCUUACUGUCACACAAGCUAAACAAAUCUUGUUACCUCCACCCGGUCACCAAUUCAGAAACAAUCAAUAAGACCGUUUUAUCAAAUGAAUUCGGACAACCGUGGAAACCUGUACAUGAAGGAGGUCACCGGUCCCUAACAAGCCCGGCUCUACUGCCCAACCCUUUGUUUCCCAAUGGAAGCUGCCUCUGCCUGCAACCGAUAGAUUCAGGAAACCUACUUGUCAAUCAACCUAUGUGCUGGUGGGUUCCAGGAAUGAGUUGGAAUCAGUAUUCGGAGGCGGCCAAUUCAUUGGGAAAAAACUCUGAUUUCCGGCAAAUGAUAGCCGUUGCCCAACCGAAAUUUACGGAUUAUCAGGUUUUGGGGACAAACACGAACAGUGGACAUGAGCAACAAUUUACGCCUUCCGGAAAUGACGCCGAAGACGCUCACGGUCGUGGGUCAACAGUUAAAGUUGGAGCUUAUCGUGCACUUACACCACUCAUCCAGUUGUUUACAAAAGGACAGGAUGCUAGCAGCCAACCCGUUCCUGUGAACACUGGGAAUCACCAGAAGGAUGCACUGGAUACAACAGGACAGCAACUUUCGGCUGACCUUAGCCUUGAGGAAGCAAGCCAAAAGGUUGCAUCAACCAGGACUCUUUUCGACACGCAAGCGAUUCACCCUGAAAGAAAUGAUGGGUUGAUUGGUGAGCUAACUGGCAAGGUAAACGAUCAUAACUGCAAUCUACCUGCGUCAGGUGAUGUGACGAGCUCCGCUGCCGUUCGAAGUGUAAACUGCUUUGCGAAUUUGCCUGGAAUACAAUGGAACUACAACGCCAAUAAUCUUAUCCCGACUCAAACAGACACUCAUUUAGUUGGAUAUGGUAAUCCAGUAGAUCCAUGUGUUUUAUCUACUCAGUUUGUAUACUUCUAUAAUACGGACGGCCAGCUGUUUGCCAUGCCAUCUAACGCACUGUUUUAUCCAACCGCCCCCUUGCCUGCCAACAACAGCAACAGCAUGCACAAUAUUGAUUCUUCCUUCAGUAGUUCAUCAGGCUUCAUGCCAUCAACCAGUGGCGAUGACCGGUACUUGAUGAACGAUUCAAAAGAAAAGGUCACUGGAGAGCAUUCAAACGUAUUAUUUGAUAGGAUGGCUGAUUCUGGUGCUGUGCAACAAAAUUUUGCUAACAUACCAAGUUCUUGGCCGACAAUAGCGUUGCCGAUUGAAGGACCAACGUCCAAUCCGGUUAUGUACUCAACCAACACUGGACAAAACUCCGCAUAUAGACCACUGCUUUUAAACACAGCCACUGUUCCGUUGUUUUUCACACCCCCUUACGGGACAAACACAGCUGGGGCGACGAAUCCAUCGUCCGUGAAUGGACCAUUUAGCUCGCAUCUUCAUAACGUUUUGGAAGUGAGCAGAAAACCUAACACUGAAACGGUUGCAGAUCGUCCAGAAAUCACGCACAAAGGACAUUAUACAAUAAAUGAGACCGGACGACUUUCAAAAGGUUAUGCAGAUAGUGAGGGUCUACUUGGUCAUGCUACAUCUGCCCCAUAUGCUGGAUCAAACAUCCCCACUCAAGGCGAUACAAAACUAAGAAAUUCUGGGGAGGAGAGUGGGCGUAUUAGCUACCAUAGUACGUCGACUACAAAUCGAGCAAAAAAGCACUCGUCCAAAACAAACCUCUAUAUCAGGGGGUUGGCACCCACAUUCACUGAAGAACAACUGCAUACUCUGGCUCCAGAUAAGGAACUCAUUCGGUCCGUAAAGCUUAUCGCAGGAACAGAAGGAGAAAUGUACGGCUUCAUCGAUUUCAUAAGCAACGCCGCUGCGAGAAGCGCCCUACUCCAUAUCAAAUCAACCAACCGAGAAUUGUAUGUGAAUUUCGCAUAUGAAUCGGAAAAGGAUCCACAAAAUGUCUACAUAACAAACAUCCCAGAAACCUGGACAGCCAGCAAUGUGGAAGAUCUAAAGAAGAUUUUUCAACAAUAUGGACCGAUAGCCACUGCGAUUGUGAUGACAAAACGUUCGAAUAACUUUUGCACAGGAGCGGGUUUUGUUCGGUUUGUCAGAGCGGAAGACGCACAAAAGGCCAUUGAAGGAAUUCGCCAGGCCCAAGUGACCCUGGACGGUGGUAAAGGGCCCUUGGAAGUAAAACUGGCUGAUCGACAAAAACCACAAGAGGAACAAGCUAACUUAACAAAAGCACGCCCUCAGAAGCCUGUCAACGAUGGAAGUUCUGCGUAUGGUCAAGAAAGUCGGAGCGAACAUUCUCAAGAAUCUCACCACCGACAACAAUCGAAUCCAAUGAAUCAGAGAAAUGCAAGUUGCCUCUUACCAGGGGAAUCCGUUCCUCCAUUAAUAGGCCCGGUUACCAACGCAAAUCGAUCGGUUCAUGGAGCUAUGGGCAUGGGGCUUCUAUCCACUCCGAACCAAACAAAUUCUGCCAGCUUGUCUGCAAGACUGCCGAAUCCUAACUCAAUCACCAUGGCCAUUCAGGCUGCCCUGGCAUCCAACGCAUUCAUAAAUCAGACAAUGUUCAUGCAUAAUCAGCUGAACCCGCUAAACUUUCAAGUGGCGCUUGGACCGGAUAAUUCCCCCGUCACCCAAACUGGCCUUCUUUCUUACCCGGCUCCACCACUACCUGGGCUGUUUUCCCAAACGCGCGGUGGACCACGCAACGUUCCAGCGAUUACAAAUACACCCGGGGUUAUCCAAAGCCAUCAAAAUAACUCCGGAAUGUUUCCCACACCCGCAAGUUUAAUUCCAAUUUUACGAACGGUAGACGACGUUCCUUUCCCAGCUGCAUCGAUCAAUAUCUCAGGAACACCGCAUAACAAUGUUUUAAGUCACGCUAUGCACCCGCCCAAUAGCUGGGGAGCGUCUCCAUUGAUUCCUGGUCUAUUCGCAUCUAUGUAAUUGAUCAAGAAGGGAUGUCUACAAAGAAAGAAAAAAUGUUGGUCAGCCAAAUACGGUUUUAUUGACUGAUAGAACCAAUGCUCAGAGAACGUGCAGAAUCUUGUGGCAGUGUAACCUUUGAUUUCGAUGCUUCCACAUUUCAGCAGGCCUUCGAAUAAUCCGAUGAGUCACGCAAACAAACACCAUCAAUCAUUUCGCUGGAAGAGGAUUUUUGGAAAAUGUAGCUCCGUGAAGAUGUAUUUCUGCACGAUCUCUCAUUAAUCUUAUGAUACACUGGCAGUGAUGACCUUUGUAUGCAUACGUUGUAACGGUAUUCCGAAUCACUAAAGUAUCUGCAAACCGAAUUCACAUCAUGACACAAAUUCGAUCAAGGUAUUUUUUUCUUUUCUGGCCGUGUCCCGAAAAUGCAUUUGUGAUUGCCACCUGUAUAGUUGCAUCAAUUAUUAGUAGUGGGCGGCACCAUGUAGAAAAGAAAAGGUGGCACAGAUGAGGUUUUUUUCUUGUUCUUCAGCGCGUUUGCUUUUCCUGUGACGUUUUUUUGUGUUGAAACGUACGCUAUUUUUCAUCACCCUUGAUUUUCGCAGUUCCGAAACAUUAGAUUGUCUCUGCUCUGUAUGUUUGAGAUGAAUUUGGCCGAAUCAUGGUUGUGUUUAUGUUGUUUCGUGUUAGUAUGGUUCAGAACAUACAGCGUACUUGAUAACCAGAAGUGCAAAGACGAUGAGGUUCAAUUAUUGUCUCUAGUUGGUUUAUUUUUCUCCUUACAUGUGACCAAUAUCUCUG